GGAAAGUGUCUUAGCAGCUACACAACUAAGAUAAACAACCAGGAGAAAGUGAUGGAUCUCACUCAAGUGGUGGAUGUGACCAACUGCAGGGAGAAGGCUGCCUUCUACUUUGGAUUGGCUACUGCUAUUGAGGACAAGGUCUCCAAGCAGAGGGGUGAGUCCAGCUUCUCAACUGUCAAAUACACCUAUAACAUCAGAGGAACAGAGGAGGCAGGAGUUAUCACUAAAGCCCAAGCCCUGGAGCUGCAGUACUUCACUCCCUUCAAUGUGAAGAAAGGCAGCUUCAAGAUGGAAGCCAUGAAGGAGCUGGUGCUCACAGCUGUGAAGGACAAAACUCAGAGCGUCUCCAUUGAAGGACUGAUGCAGAGCAGAGGAAACCUCAUUUACAAAGUGGUGAAGAAUUGGGCUAAUGUACCAAUCAUGAUGCAGAAGAUGGACGACCCUGUACCUAAGGCUACAGAGCUGAUCAAACGUCUGGCUCAAGCAAACAGACAGCAAAUUGACAGUAUUACAACUGAAGAGACCAUCAAACUGUACCAGCUGCUGCGAGUCAUUCCUUUGGAUAAACUGGAGAAGAUGUGGGCAGAUGUGGAAAGGAACCCUGAUGAAAGGAACUGGUUCUUACACACUGUCGUUGAGGUUAAUGAUGGCAGAAUCCUGAGUUUCCUGGAACGUCUUCUUCGGGAGGAAAAAUUAAAUGCAGUGGAAGCCAUUACUGUCAUUGUGCGAGCAUUCAACCACCUUGAGGCAACUCCAGAGCUGCUUAAGAUGGCAGAGAAAUUCCUCACCAUGACCUACAAUAACCCCAUGAUAAGAAGAACUGUGGUGCUGUCCUAUGGCUCCCUAGUGUUUAAGCACUGUGCCUACAAUACCCCCUGCCCAGAGGAGGCCAUCAGGCCACUGCUGAACUUGGCAGAGGAGAGUCUCAGGAAUAACAAUGUGAUGGAGAAGAUUCUGGUCCUGAAGGCACUGGGUAACGCAGGUCAUCCUCGCAGUCUCAAAACCAUCAACAAGUUCCUGCCUACCCUGGACCCUAACCCAGACCGAGUGGACAAGGAACCACGGGUAGUGAGCGCAGCUGUGCAGGCCAUGAGACUGAUCACUGCCAGGGAUCCUCAUGGGGUGCAGCUGAGGACUCUGAAGCUGUUCUUGGACCGGGAGCUUCAGCCGGAGCUCAGGAUGCUGGCUCUCAUGAUCAUGUUUGACGCUAAGCCCUCCAUGGCCCUGGUUUCCACGGUGACAGCUCACCUGCUGGAGGAGAGAGACAUGCAGGUGGUCAACUUCGCAUAUACAUACUUUAAGAGCCUGUCCGAAGCAAUGACACCAGACAAACAGUAUCUAUCUAUCGCUGCCAGUGUUGCUGUGAAAAUCUUGGCCCCCAAAUUUCGUUGUCUGGGCUACCUCAAGAGCAGAGCUGCACGCAUCGACUGGUUCCAUGACGACUUCCUGAUUGGUACCGCCGCCGAGGCCUUCAUACUGAAAAGAGCAUCACAAAUCAUCCCAGCUGAAAUGAUGGUGAAAUGGAACUUUUAUUUCAUUGGAAGGAUCCUGCAGCUGGUGGAGUUGGGUAUCCGCCCAGAGGGACUGAGAAAUCUGUUCGGUGCCAACGUCGAAAGAUUUAGAGGAGAUCUGAGCAUGACUGACUUCCAGGCUAUUUUUGAUGUUCUUAAAAAGUGGGAAACACUGCCAAACGACACGCCUCUGCUGAGCGUCUACACACGUGCAUCAGGACAAGAGUUUUACUUCGACGAUGUAAACAAGGACUUAGUGGAGUGGGUAAUAAGGUUAUUCAGCCCAUCUGCAGGAAAAGAUAGCUCUAUGUGGAGAAUGAUUCAGCGGCUAAUCCAAGGCUUCUCAUGGCGCGGAGUCCUGCCAUUCCUGACUAUUGAAGCUCGCUACAUCCAAGCUACAACCCUCGGUCUCCCACUCGAGAUCAGCAAAUACUAUCAUGUUGUGAAUGGCCUUUCAGUCAAUGCUAAAGCUGAAAUUAACCAACAAGGCGCUGAGAAUGUUGGACAGUUGCUUUCUUCAGAGAGUACAGUGAAGACUGACGGCUUCAUCGGAUACACCAAGAAUUUCUGGCUUUUCUACGGCAUCAACACUGACUUAUUCCAGUCCGCUGUUGAGAUUAAGACCAUAAAUCCUGUUGCUAUCCCAUGGAAUUUUGCUGCAAAGAUCAAUAUCCACGAAUGGAAAUUUGAAGUUGAGAUUCCUCGCAGCAACAAGGAGCUUGAAGUGUUCUCUUUCAGUUCCAACGCAUAUGCCAUCUCAAGAAACAUCAUUAACCCAGAAGCAGCUAAAAAGAUCCCAAUUAUUCCCAAUGGGCCGAGUGUGAGCCAGAGAUAUAACUCUCAGGUCCAUCAGCCUAACUACCAACAUUCAGUUCAAAAGAUGUGCUACACGAGUACCACCUACGGAGUAUCAGUGUGCUCAGAGUACGAGCUGAGGCGCGAGUACAACCAUGAGGAGUAUCCCCUGUACUACUUCCUCGGGUUCACGCACGUUGCCCUCAAAGUAACACCAGUCUCGGAAGCUACAGCUGUUGAGAAGAUCCGCCUGGAGAUUAACGCAGCCCCGCACACGAUUUCAGCGAACGUGCGCCAGCUCCUCGACAAUCUGAGGAGGAUGUCCAAGAAUGUCCACCCAUCAAGCAGCAGUGCAUCUCACGAGCAGCAGGACAGACCAUCAAGGGGCAUACAGGGUUCACCUGAGCCUGUGCUGAACUUCAAAGUGCUGGCUGUGAGCAGCAGUCAGAAGGCCGAGGGUUACGACGCCUCCUUCUUCUCCACCCCUGAGGGGGAGGGCCAGAGCACGCAACUCAUCCUUAGCCACGUCGGACAGGCCACCAACUGGAAGAUAUGUGUGGACACUGCUCUGACUGCAAAGGCUAAGGCAAAGGCUCACAUCGCAUGGGGAGCAGAGUGUCAGCCCUACGCCGUGUCUUUGAGGUCUGCGUAUGUGUCUGGCAACAAGCCCGAGCUGCAGGCUGUCUUCCACUGGGACCGGGUGCCAGAGUACAUGGUGGAGCACGGAAGAAGAAUUGGCAACUACGUCCCAGGUAUGGGCUUCUUUAUGGGCUUCAACCAGGAGCAGGAGAGAAAUGCCGCGCAGGAGGUUUCUGCGUCGGUUAUUGCUGCUUCAGCAGACAGCAUCGAUGUGAAGAUUAAAUUACCAGAGCUUACACUGCGCCGUGAGGCUCUGCCUUCUCCAAUGUCAGUCUCCACUACAACAACAGAACAAUAAACAGCAUUACACAGGCAGGGACACACUGCGCCAUGGACAUCCAAGGCCAGAUGGAAGAUAAAACUGUAAGAAUGUACCCUCCAUAACACUUGAGAAGAGUAACCAGUUUGAAAAUUAUUAAACAAUUAUUUAAAUUGUUUAUUAAAACAGUUUAACUCAGUUUGAUAAAUAUUUGAAUACACGUAUUUGAUCUCCUCUGCAAUCUUGUUUGCUCAAAGAUUCUAUUGCACAUCACAUGAUUAAAAAGCAAAGCACCUUGUACCUC